AUGAUCAGCGACAUCCGCCUCCGCGACCUCCCAACGUUCAUCCGCACCACGGACGCUGACGACACAAUGCUCACCAUCAACAUCAAGCGGUGCGAGCUGGACGCGCCCGCCGCCGACGGCAUCCUCCUCAACACCUUCGACGACCUCGAGCGCGUCGCGUUGGAUGCCAUCCGCGCGCGCCUGCCAAACACCUUCACCAUCGGCCCUCUAGGCCCGGAGGUGUCGCCGCCGUCUUACCUCCCGUCGAUCACCUCGAGCCUGUGGAAGGAGGACGACCGAUGCGUCGCGUGGCUGGACGCGCAGCCGGCGGACGGCUCCGUGGUGUACGUCAACUUCGGGAGCAUCACCGUGGUGACGAGGGAGCAGAUGGUGGAGUUCGCGCGCGGGCUAGCAGCCGCCGGCAGCCCGUUCCUGUGGGUCGUCCGCCCCGACAUGGUUCGGGACGGCGUCGACAUGUUGCCGGUGCCGGAGGGGUUCGCGGAGGAGGUUGCGGGGCGGGGGCUGAUGGUGGGGUGGUGCGACCAGGAGGCGGUGCUGGGCCACCGCGCGACGGGUGGGUUCCUGAGCCACUGCGGUUGGAACUCGACGGUGGAGAGCCUGCGCGCCGGCGUGCCGAUGCUGUGCUGGCCCUUCUUCUCGGAGCAGGUGACCAACUGCCGGUACGCGUGCGACGAGUGGGGUGUGGGCGUCCAGUUGUCGCGAGAAGCCGGCCAGGCAGAGGUGGAGGCCGCCUUGAGGGAGCUGAUGGGCGACGGGGAGAAGGCGGCGGCAAUGAGGAGGAAAGCGGCGGAGUGGAAGGAGAAGGCCGCGAGCGCGGUCGCGGCAGGCGGGUCGUCGCAACGAAACCUCGACAGGUUCGUCGACGAGGUCUUGCGCGCGCAUAGUUCUAGCUAG